GUUGCUCUUCCUGGAUGCAACGGCGGAUGAAUGUAUUAAACCCUUCAGCUUAGUUUAUCCGUGUUGGUUUUGUUUUAGCUGUUUGCUUGAACUGUAAUGGUUUUAAACAUGAGAGUGUGUGGGUUGUUUUUGAGCGUUUGUCUUAGUGUGGGGGUAAUGGCGACGGGGAAAUACUCACGAGAAGUAAAUGAGCAAAAGGACUCGAAUGACGGGAAAAACGCCAUGGAAUUCCGUAUCGCUAAACUGAACCAGGUUUGGGAGAAAGCGAACAGGAUGCAGCUUGCCCCAAGGCGGCUGUCUGAGCUCCACAGUGACUUGAAGAUUCAAGAAAAAGAUGAGCUUCAGUGGAAGAAGUUGAAGGCAGAGGGAAUGGAUGAGGAUGGCGAGAGAGAGGCCAAGCUCAGACGCAACUUUAACAUUAUUCUGGCCAAGUAUGGAUUGGAUGGGAAGAAGGACAAUCGUGCCUUGGACAGUAACAACCUGAAAGACCAUGACGCGAAACUGGGAGAAAUUUUUGAAGACCCCAGACUUGAUAAACUGUGGAACAAAGCCAAGACUUCAGGAAAGUUCUCUGAGGAGGAGCUGCAGAGCCUCCGCAAAGAGUUUGAGCAUCACAAGGACAAGAUUCAUGAGUACAACAUUGUGAUGGAUACAGUGAGCCGCACUGAGGAAAUCCAUAAGAAUGUGAUCUCUACAAUGGAGGGUGAAGAAAAAAAGUCUAGUCUCCAUGAGAAACAUACAGACCUAAAACAGAGGAUGAGGGACCUAAACCAAGGCUUUGAGCGGCUACGUAAAAUCACACAUGAAGGCUUUGACAGUGACAAUGAGUUUAAGGAGCCUAGGGUCAUAGAGCUGUGGGAAAUGGCCAGAAGAUCAAAUCUUACUGAGGAUGAACUCGACUCUCUUAAGGAGGAGCUGAAGCAUUUUGAGACAAAGGUAGAGAAGCACCAUCACUACCAGGAACAGCUAGAGUAUUCACACCAGAAGCUGCAGCACAUAGAGGCCAUGGGAGAUGAGGACCACAUCACGAGACAUAAAGAGAAAUACAACACACUUGCUGAAAAAGCAAGAGAAAUUGGAUACAAGAUGAAGAAGCAUUUGCAAGAUAUAACCAACAAAAUCUCCCGAAAUGGACUGCAGCACAAUGAACUCUGAGCAUGACCUCCACUUGUCACCAUGACAACACUAAAAAUCCUUUAUUUCCAUAUUCAUCGAUUAUAGUGUGGGUGCAAUCAUUGAUUUUCUAAAGGUUUGUCAAAAUCAUGUAUUAUUUACAGAACAUUUCUAAGUUGACAGCACUGAUUUAUUUUAAUAGCAUUGCAUGGUUUGCAUCUGGUCCACUGUUAGCGAUAGCAAACCCAUUUUGAUAGUUUAGGUACGAAAGCAUACGUCACAGUAUAUGUCCAGUUAUUGUUAUGUAUUUGAACUGCUAAAGUCAUUCCCACAGAGGGGUACAGGUUAAACGUUAAAUGCAAUAUUUUAUGCAUCGGUAGGCUUUGAAGUUUUAAAAAGUUUCUUGAAAUGCUCACCUUUUUUUUUUUUUUUAUAAAAUUUCACUCAUUUGCUGAAUUAAUCUCUGUAAAUAAAAGAUGAUUUUUCAUUGAGUCUAUUAACUUUAAACUAUGUAUAUAAUCAGUUCACAGAUUUAUCUGUCCAAAAUGGCUUACACAUAAUGAAACUUUGGGGUAAUUUUGCGCAGUUGAGCAAAUGACUGUUAGGGGUUUAAGAUAUUUUAGUUGAUUUUAACUUGCAAAAUUUGGGUGCCACUAGCCAGCUGUACUAAUGUUUACAUUUACAUUACGGCAGAUGCCCUCAUUCAGAGCGACUUAUAUUUUUAUCUCAUUAUACACCUGAGCAGUUAAAGGAUACAGCCCAACAUUGGCAUCUUGGUGGUGCAAAGCAUCGGGGGUCUGGUGGCUUAACCAUUGACCUACCCCUGUCUUCAUGUCAAUAAUGUCAUCAUUGUAUUGACAUUAUGCUGUUCACUCAACAGAUAAAAAGCAGUUUUUGUAUACUGUAAAGCAAAUGCUUGUAUCAGAGUAUGAUAUAUGCAUAAUAAUGCAUAUGCUAUGUGUCCUUUUAAGGUUAAGUACAGGGGUCCCAACAACUAAUGGUCUAUACUGUUAUCUUUUGUUUUAUUUUAUUUGUUUUUUUUUAUUCAAAUAGAAAGGUUGAACUACUGUAGUCUUAUUAGGAAUAUGUUUAUAAAUUAGGAUGUUCUUCCCGGCUAUACAUGGUUCACCAAAUAAAUCUCCACUUAACUCUGCCAGUUUUGGCAGUAUUUGGGGAAGGGUCUGGUUCAGUCCCUGCCCCUUUGCUUGUCCUUAUGGCAGACUCAGUGGGAGCUGUGACAAGCACCCUGAGGAUGGCUGAAUAGAGUUGGAUGCAGUUGAUACCACAACAUGAAAUACAUAUUCCUGCACCGCUUCUGUGACUUGGCUUUCAGAUUGGCAGAUUUCAUUCCUGCCCAGCCAAUUGUGGUGCAUGCUUCAAUUAAUAUAAUAAUUCAUGAACAAGUCCUUUUUAAUGUAUACCAGUUGAUGCACCUGUUCAAGAGAUCACUCUCUAGAGAAACCAUAUACACUGCCUGGACAAAAAAAAUACCAUGACAUCAUGACAUACCUGUCAAUGGGAGAAGUACUGUUAACCAGUAUUAGGCUACUAUGUAUUUUAUUUAUAAUUUUGUCAAAAGUAUACUGUAUUUUAGUACCAGAAAAAUUACCUGAUGAUUACUUGAUUACCUAUCGGAUUACCUGAUGCUUUCUUAGACAAAUAAACGAGUAACAACAA